AUGUACUCCACCUCCGUGUCAACAUCCACUGGUUGUGGUGGUGGUGGUGCUGAUGCUGCGGCUGCCAUGGCAACGCAGGCGUCCGAGCAGGCUCUGCUGGCCUCAGACCGGUACGCCAGACUCAUCCUGGCCCAGAUGAACAAGAUGCGGCUCCGCACCGACUUCUGUGAUGUGGGGUUGAGGGUUGGCAGCCGGGUCUUCAGGGUCCACCGACUGGUGCUUGCUGCUAGCAGCCCUUACUUCUCCGCUCUGUUCUCCGGGGGGAUGAGGGAGGCGGAUAAAGAGGAGGUGCAGAUCCUCGGAGUGGAGACUGAUGUCUUUGAGGUUUUGCUGGACUUCAUAUACACAGGCGUGAUCAGUGUGACAGUGGAGAACGUCCAGGAGCUGAUGGUGGCAGCAGACAUGCUGCAGCUGAACGAGGUGGUGUCUAUCUGUGGAGAGUUUCUCAAGGGACACAUGGACCCGUCCAACUGUGUGGGCAUCUUUCAGUUCCUGGAGCAGAUUGCCUGCAUGGAGAUGCUGGAGUUCACUGAGAACUACAUCCAUGUUCACUUUCUGGAGGUGUGCGUCACCGAUGAGUUCAGGGGCCUGUUGAAGGACCAGCUGGUGAGGCUGCUAAGAAGUGAAGAGCUGAGGAUUGAGGAUGAGUACCAGGUAUUCACCGCAGCCAUGGACUGGGUGCUCCAAGAUGUGGCGAAGAGGAAAAAACACGUAGUGGAGGUGUUGGAACCGGUCCGCUUCCCUCUGCUUUCCCCACAGAGACUGUUCAAGUACAUAGAGGGUAUUACGGACUUCAGCCUGCGGGUGGCACUGCAGACUCUGCUGAAGGAAUACACUGAAGUCACAAAGUCUCCCAAAGAAAAUAAGAUGUACAGUCAGUUACAACCAGCCAAGAUGAGACCCAGAAGAAAAGCCAGGAAAUACCUCUACGCCAUAGGAGGCUACACUCGGCUGCAGGGCGGCCGCUGGAGCGACAGCCGGGCGUUGAGUUGCGUGGAACGCUUCGACACCUUCAACCAGUACUGGACCACCGUGUCGUCCCUGCACCAGGCCCGCAGCGGGCUGGGGGUCGCAGUACUGGAGGGCAUGAUCUAUGUGGUGGGAGGGGAGAAAGACUCCAUGAUAUUUGACUGCACUGAGAGAUACGACCCAGUGACCAAGCAGUGGGCCGCCGUGGCGUCUCUGAACUUUCCGCGCUGUGGAGUUGGCGUCUGCCCCUGCCACGGAGCUCUGUAUGCACUCGGUGGUUGGAUCGGCUCUGAGAUUGGGAAGACCAUGGAGCGUUACGACCCAGAGGAGAACAAGUGGGAGGUCAUCGGCAGCAUGGCGGUUCCUCGCUACUACUUUGGUUGCUGUGAGCUACAAGGGUUUAUUUACGUGAUUGGAGGAAUCAGUGACGAAGGAAUGGAGCUGCGUUCAGCCGAGGUGUAUGACCCCAUCUCCCGCCGAUGGAGCGCCCUCCCCGUCAUGGUCACACGUCGAGCCUAUGUGGGGGUCGCCUGCCUCAAUAACUGCAUUUACGCGGUGGGCGGCUGGAACGAGGCGCUGGGUGCACUGGAGACAGUGGAGAAGUACUGUCCAGAAGAGGAGAAAUGGGUCGAGGUGGCUCCGAUGUCCACUGCUCGCGCAGGCGUGUCAGUGUCAGCAGUUAACGGGCUGCUGUACGCCGUCGGUGGCAGGGCCGCCAGCAGAGACUUCUCCGCUCCAGUGACAGUGGACUCUGUAGAGAUCUAUGACCCUCACCUGGACACCUGGACUGAAGUCGGCAACAUGAUCACCAGCCGCUGUGACGGCGGGCUGGCCGUGCUCUGAUAGCCAGGAAUAUUCAAACUGUGGACGUCCAAAAUCGGUACCUGAAUCAUUCCAAAACUGCAUAAACUGAAGAAAAGCUGCACCUUAAGAAACACAAAAGUGUGUUUCUGUCUCAAGUAGGCUUUCACAUGAUCAUCUAUGUUAUUUAUACAUGGAUUAGACAUGUUUUUGUUUUUUUUAAUUUGUCCACAACAUUUGAGAUUCAUUGAACAGCAGAUUUUAAACUGGAAAACUGCCAAAAGUGCUUAUACUGGACUCAUCUGUGUCUCUAUUUUCAAUUCACUAAAUACUUUUACAAGAGUAUCGGUGGAAACAGACUUGUUUUCCGGUCUUGUGUAUUUGAAGACAAAGCGAUCCUUGUGAUAAGGAUGUUUUUCACAGCAGAGGAGUUCUAUUUUGGAUGGACCUUUUGGGAACACUGCAAACAGUUCUUGGAUAAGAUGUAAAAGCACUGUUUGUUUUUUCUUUAAUUUUCCUUAAAGAAAUGUUUGAGGUGAGUGCAUUGCUACUUGAAGGAUUUAUCAAACCACUUGAGCCUAUUUAAUAAUGGAACCAAAGUUCCAUGGUAAGUGAUUCCUGUAAAUAAGUAUAAACUUGAACAGCACACCAGUGCAGUUAUCACUCAGCAAAUUUCACUGGAUUAUUUUUGUAUAUAUAUGAUACUGUAAAUAAUAGUGCCUCUUUAAUCACUAUUUACACUCAGAUCCAAGCAAGUGAAGAGUGUUUUAAUCAUUUCACUCAUAAGUGGCGCCUGACAUUACUACAAUUUACGUUUCAUUUACAUUUCAACUUUAUACAUACCGGUAUGUAGAAAUGUUUUUACCUUCUUUAUGGUAACUUAUUUCAUGUUUGCAAUCUGAGUGGAUCCGUUGCACAAUGCAGCAGUAUUUCCUAUCAACGGUUAUAACAUCUUGGUUGUUUUUCAGUCUUAAUAAACUUCAUAAAAGAGUUAUGUGUGUGCUGGUUUUAAAAUGAACCUACAUUACUUCUCUCUUCAUUUAGGAUAGCUAAAGUGUAAUAACUUAAAAGAUGGCUCAGGGCCAUCCUCCACUGUAAACAUCACACUGAUCUGGCACAUACUGUACAUGACAAACAUCCUGAGUUGACUGUAAAUGUUUGCACGAGAGAUUUUAUGAACUGUGCAAACAAGAACAUAUGGAAUCACUUACUUAGUGCCAGAUAACUCAGCACUCCUGGAUUUACACUGAAUAGAUCAAAUGAAUUGUGAUACAUUUUUACCGUAAAGGUUGUGAUGUGUGAAAAUGUAACAUCUUUACAUAACUGAUAAAAUAUUCAGGUCUCUGUAUCCUAUACUCCAGGGAGAGACGGAUCAGUGAGGAUGUUUGGGAACAGUUAACAUAAAUAACUCAGAAUUAUACUGACUUGCAUCAGUCUGGAGUUACACAACAAUGGAAGGGAAAUGUAUGCAAAUAGCCCCAAUGUUUAUCCAUUGUCUCAAAUUUGCACAUGUAAAAUUGCCACAUUCAAACACAUUUCAACAAGGGUACUUUACGUCUGUACUUUUCACAGCAAAGAAUGUGAUUCUACAAAUGUUUUCUGAUAAAUUAUUCAUGUUUCAUUCAUUUCGAAGUCUGCCUUGUUCUACAUUUAAACUAGUUUGUAAUUUCUGUGGUCAUUUUGCAACUGUUCUUAUUCAUUUUUGUAAAUGAUAUGCCACAUUUCUACAUGUCACACUUGUCCCAAAAGAUAUUAAAACUAUUACAUAGGUAACU